AUGGAGUCAAAGGGGCCGCUGUUCGAACGCCUUCCCGAGGAGGUCCAUCUCAUCAUCUCGGAACACGUCGAGAGGGGCCAUGGUACUCUGAAGGCGCUGGCCUGUGUCAACAAGCGCUUUCGUGCGAUUUACCACAAACGCCUAUUCACCCGCAUGUACAUCCAUGGCAACAUGGAUCGAAGAAUCCUCACCACCCUGCUGAUCAACUUCUGCUUAGAGCGUGGAUCAGACAGCGUGAAGAAGCUACAGAAGCUUGUCACGCAUGCUACUCUCGACGGUGAUCGUGGCCGCCUUGCGUCGGCCUACAAGGAUUAUACGACUGGCAAACCAGUCAAGGUGUACGGCUUCGGGUCUCAGAGGCCCCCAAGAUUGUUAUUCUUGAUUGCCGAAUCUAUCCGUUUGAUGCCGAAUCUCGAGACUCUGAUCCUCGACACCAGGGGUCUCGAGUGGGAGGAGGAAGAUCCUUUCUUCACCAUGUUGGCCAGGGGCAACCCACUCCGACUCAAGAACAUUGAGCUCCACCUAGCUGCUCCCUGGAGCUAUCACCGCGCUGCACGGUUCCUGAAACAUUGUCAGCUUGACGCACUAGAAGGGCUCAAGGUGAACCAGGAGUACUUCUUUGCCAUCGACGAGCUUCCGUCGGACAACAAGAUCAAACGGCUGAGCAUUGUAGAGCAAAUGGGAUGCCAAGCCGAACUACGAAAGAUCCAGCCCCACGAAUACGUUGAGGCUCUCUGCAAAAAGCUGCCCGCUUUGGAGAGCCUGGUGUUCCUCGAUCCUCACUUCGAGUAUGGCGACAUUGAUGAAUUCGACGAGGUCCGAGGCUACUUGGAGAAAUCGCGAUCAUCGCUCAUAUCUGAACUGAACGCACGCCCAAGACUGAAUCGACUCGCAAUGUCGUUCCCCCUGGCCGCUAGCUUGGAAAACGAGGACAUGGUGGCCGAGUUCAAGGAGGGAUUUGUGAAGGAGGUGGCAGAGGGUGUCGAAGGACUUCUCGAGUUUUGCAUCAUAGGCUUCCAUUUCCGCCGUUACAGUGCCAGCCGAGCGGUUGCGGGCGGCGAGGUCACCUUGGAACGGCGCGAGUUUGACUCUCUCCGCGACAGGAACUCUUUCCCCUUCAACAUCUUUUAG